CAUCUCCAACUGUAGUCCGCUCCGUACGACUGCUCUUCCGGUGCCCUCACCGACCUCGAAGACCCUCCGCGACGACCGACCGCAACCCUGACCACUGACCGCGACAACCCCAACUGCCCAAGAUGAUGCCAAAUCCGCACGUCUACGGCCACCACCAGUAUCCCCAGGCCGAGUCGGCCUGGAUGCACCAGCAGCCGUCGCACCAACACCACGCCCAGGCCGCUGCCGCUGCCGCCACUGUCGCCCAGCAGCAGCACUACAACCGGUUAGCCACCGCCCACAACACCGUCGGCGCCCUCGGCCAGGCCCAUGCCCCAGACAAUGUGCUCGAGGGGUCCGUGUCUGAGGACAACCGGCGGACCUUGCAGUACAUCGCAGACCUGCUGAACGAGAACACCCGUGAGGCCGCGCUGUUGGAGCUCAGCAAAAAGCGCGAGCAGGUUCCGGAGCUGGCCUUGAUUCUGUGGCACUCAUUUGGUGUCAUGACGUCGCUGCUGCAAGAGAUCAUCAGCGUCUACAGUCUCCUGAGCCCGUCGCAGCUUACUGCCGCUGCGUCGAACCGAGUCUGCAAUGCGCUGGCCCUCCUCCAGUGCGUCGCGUCGCACAACGAGACGCGCACACUUUUCCUGAAUGCGCACAUCCCGCUCUAUCUCUAUCCCUUCCUCAACACGACGUCCAAGUCGCGACCUUUCGAGUACCUGCGACUGACAUCCCUUGGGGUGAUCGGCGCUCUGGUCAAGAACGACUCCUCGGAGGUCAUCAAUUUCCUUCUCACCACCGAGAUCAUCCCGCUGUGCCUGCGCAUCAUGGAGACGGGUUCCGAACUCAGCAAAACCGUGGCCAUCUUCAUUGUGCAGAAGAUCCUGCUCGACGACAACGGCCUGAACUAUAUCUGCGCCACCUACGAGCGAUUCUAUGCGGUGGGUACGGUCCUCAGCAACAUGGUCGCCCAACUGGUGGAGCAGCAGACCGCCAGGCUGCUGAAGCACGUUGUCCGAUGCUUCUUACGGCUCAGUGAUAACGCCCGUGCACGCGAAGCGCUGAGGCAAUGCCUCCCCGAGCCGCUCCGCGACCACACGUUCUCGGCCGUUCUCCGCGACGACGCAGCGACAAAGCGCUGCCUCACUCAGCUGCUCAUCAACCUGUCAGAGAACACGAUGGAGCCUACCGCCGGCCAGCUUACGCUCUAGGCCUGAAACCGGGCAUCCGAUGGGCAAGGCUUGAGAGCAGCAAUAACAACAACGGCAGUCGCAGCGCCGCCGCGCCUGAAGGGGGCACCCCCCCUUACCAUCGCACCGCCGACCAGUGUAAAACUUGGGGAUAACG